AUGCACAUUCAAGAGACCAUCAGCUGUCUUCAGCCCCUUUGUGGGAAAGUGAUCCCUAUUCGAACGGUUCAAGAGACAAGACCCCCAGAGGAUUUUGCGGAUGCCUAUGUUGCAGAAGUCAACGUGAAAGCUGCUUCCAAAGUGAUUAAAGCUCUCGAUUCUGCCUUCCCCAAAGACCCUGCCCUCCCACUAUCCCACCUUCGUCGCUUUGCCAAAAGAGAAAUACUCCCACCACCGCUGCGAUCAGCAAUUGAAGAAAAGAUCGCGCCCUCAGCAGCACCAGCGCAGACAAUCUUUGUCCUCAUCUCUCCUCCCCUGCCCGAUCUCGACAAACUUCAAGCUCUUCUGGCUCCAUUUGCGCCGAACGCUGCGCCGGCCACCCCAGCACAGACACCGGAAGAUGUCUCACAGUCCGAUUCCCCAAGCCCAAAGAUAGAUCUACACCCAACCAAAAUUCCCCUCUAUCCACCCUUCAACAGCAAACAAGCCGAUACAUGGACCAAGACUCUCUGGCCGGUGGUCUUCAACCCGGCUGCACCUCGCUCAACAGUCGCCCCGCCUCAUCAGGUCUUGAAUCGCGCACAAGAGUCCAUUGAGCCACGAGCCGGGUACUACUUGGCCCUCGCGCGCAAAGUCGCAGAGGAAGCAGAACAAUCCGGGCUUGGCCGCGGUGUAGGCGCAGUGAUUGUCGACCCAGCAAUUGAAGAGGACCUCUCUGCAGCAAGUUGGGAAUCUGGAACUGACCCAACAGCCGAUUGGGACGAGGCAGUCCUUGCAGUUGCCGGCGAUGCGCGGUAUUCCCGCUCCGAGGCUAGUGCGCCCUCCCAGGCACAGCUACAUCCUGGUGUAGCACCAAACCCAGCCAGCGCCACCUACAAUGCAGACAUCGAGGGCGGGCCCGAACUACAUGCAUUGAUGCGCGCAGCGGGCCUUAUUGCCCGCUGGCGACGAGAGAAUGAUGGCAGUAGUGAUUUAACUGCGACUAUGACUGCAAACGCAUCAAAUCCAGCACACCCCCAGGACACCGAGGAUCUGAGUCCACUCGAAUCAUACUUCUUGUAUCGUCGUCGUCCUGGUACAUCAGAAAUCACAAUUGACGAAGCAUCUCUUUCGCCUUCCUCUCCGAAAAAGAGAAAACACGAAGAACUAAACCCGGAAUCGAGCGCUACCAUCGACCCAACCAACCCCGAGCAGUCUCAGCUCCAUCACCCACCUCUACCUGCGCCUCCCCCUACCACGGUAUCUCUCUCUGAUCCCCCAACCCAAACUUCAGCCCGAGCAAUUUCUCGCAUUCGCACCCGCUCCCAGGGCGGCUAUCUGUGCACAGAUCUGGACGUCUAUCUUUCCCACGAGCCUUGUCUGUGCUGUUCUAUGGGAAUGCUUCUUUCUCGGUUCCGAUCGGUAAUUUUCCCUAGACGAGGAAGGUUGGAGAGUGGAGGUCUUGCUUCGGAGCCGGUUGUUGCUCCUACUGCCGAUGAAAUUGAUCAUGAGGAUGCUGGUGCUAAUGAGCACGCCUCUGUCGAGACUGAGACAGAAGACCAGGAUGGACGGGAGUACUACGGGUUGCACUGGAGAAAAGAGUUGAACUGGAGAGCUCUUGGGUUUGAAUAUGUGGAAUAUGGCGACGAAGAUAUCCAAGAUGGACCUAAACGGCCUGUCUUCCAUGCUUGA